AUGAAAAGGAAGAUGGCAGAAGACGACCUCGACGUCUUGUUUGAAGAGACAUUAACGCUAUGCGAAACACCCCCCGUUCCGCGACGCCAUCCAAACCGCGUCGUCAAACAGUACAACAAAUCGCUCCCCACAACGCCAGCACACAAGUCCGAGAUGGAGAUGAAAGGACCGGCCAUGUUCCACUUUGGAGGACAGACUGAACUGUCCCCCAAGCCGCUCUUCAACAGAAGCAACUCGUUGCCCUCGAAAUCAACACGGCCAUCGCUACCGUCUCGCCCAUCCGAACCCUUCCAAUUCAACCCCGACGACAUUGUCAAGAGUCCGACACCGUUGUUCGGCAGGAGGAACACGCUCCCAUCCAAAGUGCGCCGUGCUGUCGCCGCCGAAAGAAAGCCAUCACCGCUCUCGCGCAGAGAGGACGCGCCACCCUCCGCACCGACCCACACCUCCCCCAAGGAACCCACGUCACCAGCGCUGGCACGAAAGGAUCCCAACACCAAGACCACUCCCAACCCCAAAAGCAACUCCAGCAAGGCGCCCUUUGCAACUCCACAAAGGUACCCAGGUGUUCGUGUUGUCGACAUCAAAAGACCAUCGCCCCUUUCUGGCAAGGGCAGUGUGCGACGACCCGGUCCUACCCGCUUCACUCCUGCGGACCCCGUAUCGCCGAUAGUCCUGUCACCUGUCAUCUCCAACAGCAACAGCUCAGUAGCUUCGUCGCCAUCGCCAUCUGUCUUCUCCGACUCGGCCUCUUUCUGUGCAUCGAGCCCCUCAACACCCGCCACGUCACCACCUGGUUCGCCAACAACACACGCACGCUCGCUAAGUUAUUUCGCGCCUUCUCAUUGGACUAUCAAGCCUUCGCCUUCGCCGAUCUAUGUCCCUAGACAAAAGUUGAGGAGAAAGGACAGCCCUCGCAUGGAGACUCUGCGCACUCUUCGAGCCAAGGAGUCAGAUGCAAUGUUGCAAAAGGAAUACGACCAACAUUGGGAACAAUACCGCAACAAACUAUCCUUAAUGACCGGCGGACUAUUCUCUGCUGAGCGACUUUAA